UCGAGUUCAGUAUGAAACCACCAUCCUUGAGAAUCAAUUUCUUCGCGCCGGACGUGCUUUCCGCGUGCAAGUUUCAUUGCGUGCGUUUGACCGGCGAAUAAGCUCGAUCAUCGUACAAUUCGGAAGAACAAAGAAUUUCCAUCUCGCGAAAAAAUCUAGAAAGAGAGAGAGAGAAAAAGAGAUUAUCGCGAUGGCAUACAGCUGGGAUAAUCGCGUUAAUUUCAUAGUAAAAUUUCUGUAUGAUAUUGAUAACAAUGGAUAUUUGGACAAGCAUGAUUUCGAGUGCAUGGCAUUAAGAAUGACGCUCAUCGAAGGCAAAGGCGACUUUAGUUACAGUCGGUACCAAGAAAAUCUUCAUAUCAUGCUCUCUUUAUGGGAUGAGAUAGCUGAUCUGGCAGAUUUUGAUAAGAACGACGUUGUAACGAUAGAAGAAUUUAAAAAGGCUAUGCAAAGUAGCUGUGUUGGUCGUUCUUAUAACGAUUUUCCUCAAGCUAUGAAGAUGUUCAUUGAUAGUCACUUCAAAAUACUUGACAUAAAUGAGGAUGGCGUAAUUGGUGCUGAAGAAUUUCGAUAUGAUUGUGCUUCAAGAAUUGCUGUGGAUAAUAUAGAUAUCCUUGAUAAAGCUUUUCAAAGUCUUUUAAACGAUGAUGAUAGAAAACGCGGUGGAUUGACGUUAUCACGUUAUCAAGAAUUAUAUGCGCAAUUUCUCGGUAAUCCUGACGAUAAUUGUCCCGCAAUCUAUCUUUUUGGACCAAUAGGACAAGAGUCAUAACUGAAACAUUCGCCAUUUUGAAGCAAUGUCAAUCUUUAUUAUGAAACAUUACCUUUAAAAAAAAAAGAUGAAAAAAACUCCAAAUGUACGCGCUCCUCGAAAAAUAACUAUUAUACAUAACUAAAAAAAAAAUAAAAUCUAAGUAAGAUAUAUCUUCUUAUUCCCA